UUUCUCCAUGUGCAAUACAGAGCAGCUAACAUAAAUUCUAGACUCACUAUCCUGGAGGUAGCUCAAGAGCUGCCAUUAGGAUUAUCUUUCUUUCCAAGGCUGCCUGUGCUUUGGUGUGGGGUGAUGUUCAGUUCUCUUGAUUUUGGUUUUUGAAGCCCUAGGGAAAUGACUAGUUUUAAUUUUUGUUAAUAUCUGCAGUGGAUUUCAUAGCACUGAUUUAUAGCUGGUCCCUGAUGAUGUUUAGUACCCAGUGCCUGAGACUGUAUAAAUAAAUUACAUAAAAAUGGAUUUGUGGCAUCAUUAGCAGCACCCCCAUUCCAAGGAGAGCCUCCAGUGAGCCUGCAUGUCUAAUCAGAGCUGACAAGGAGCAGUUACACACUGAGACCUCCAAAGCUAAUGGGCCUGUACCAGAUUCAGCUCCCUGUUGUGUUGGUGUAAAGUCGGAUAACUUCUGACUGCAGGGGGGUUUUACACCAGAUUUCCUCUAUGUUUACACCUGUGCACUGAGAUCAGCAUCAGGCAGCAUGCUGUAAAAUCCUUAGGAGCAAUAGAAAGACUCAUGCUGACUUCAACAGGCUCUGGAUCGGGCCUUGAUGGUUAAAAUAUAAUCUGAGUUCAGAGUGCAGAAAAGAAAUUACAUGCCUGCUAUUGUAGUGAAACGCUUUCCAGAGCAAGCAUUAGCAGUAUGCACACGAGUGCCAGAUGAAUUAAACUGGCUUUUCUCUUUCUCAGCUCCAGUAGGGGAAGACUGCUUUUAAACAACUCACGCCUGCUGUGUCGUGUCUGGAGUCGGAGCUGAGCGGAGCCGCCGGCAGGGCAUGUGUGACAGGAGCAGCAGUUGCAGUGCUAUGAGAGUAUUAGGACAAAGAGACCUCUGGACUCGUGAGCUCUCUCAGAAGAAGCCAGCCACUGGCCUUGCACUGAAACACAUCCAUUUACUAGAGGGAAGAUUAACUCUCUCAGGUAAUUCGAACAGGUCUGUGAUCCCGUGUGUUGCUAGGCUGCUUCAGCCUCCUGGCACCCUGUCUUAAUUGCCAGCACCAUAAUUACCAUGAGCAGAGGAGACGCAGAUCACAAGGAUCUUUGAUCCUGAGAAAGCAGCACUGAACUUGCUGCCAGUUAACAGAAAGAAAGAGAAAUGCUGGGAGGGAAUAGAUGCAUGUGUGCUGGCAGGGGCUGCCUUUCCUCUGUCAAGACAAGUGCCUGCCCUCGGGCAGUUGAGAUGUUUCUGUCCACAUGCAGAUCUGUUGCAUAUAAUGCUAAUAGUCAGUGGAGACUAGCUCAAAUGGACUUUUGCAGACACGGCUGGCAACUUUGCCUGAUCUGAGGCCUUACUUGGGCUUUAAAUGUGAUUUUAAUGGAUAAUAAAGGACUACAAAGUAAAGGCAAAUGAAGCCUUGUGUUAAUUUGCUGGACAGUUGGGAAACCUCAUUACUUGUUUCUCUGUGGCCACCAGCAGAAAGGGAUCAGGCAGCCAGCAAGCCUGUUGUUUCUCUCAAGUCCAUGCCUGAUGCUGCAGAGACACAUGGGGCGAUGUGCAGCCAGAGAAUGACAUCAGCAUUUGGCUGGCAUGAGCAGGGAGUUAACGUAGCGAGAAGCCGUUCCACCCAGAUGCACUGCUCUCUCCAGGACAGAGAGCAUCUUCCACAGUUUGGAAAGGCAUCAAACACUGAACGAAAUGAUGGCUUGCCAGUGGCAAAUGUACAGUGAUGGAGAAGCUGGCUGGCAGGACUCACCUUCCCUGUGGGAGGUGAUGGGAUUGCAGGGAGCCACAAGCUGACAAGUAGUUUGAAUGUGACACUGCCUUUGCCUCCCACCUGACUGAAGAGAGGUUUGAAAGUGCUGUUGAUAUAGCACCUUAACCUAGAAGAGAAAACAGGAGCUAGAGCUCCAGGGUUGAUGUUUUGCCCUCCCUGCUCUCUCUGUGUCAGCCCUGGCUCUUCUGCUGGCAAAACUGUUCGCAUUCUCUUGCAGGUUGGAGGGUGUCAGCGGCCCCAGCUCUUAAAGCCUUGCCAGAACUGGCAGAAUGUGUCCAAGCCCCCCUCACUGAGCAGAUUGACUCACCCUGGCCACCUGUGCACCAUGUCCCUCCGUGAGCACGCACUGACCCUCUUCUGCAGUGCACUGGGCACUGUCCGGCCGGCUCCGAUGCUGAAGAGGGCUCUGAAGCUCCAGAAGGAUGGGUGCCCUCAGCUGCUGGUGAAGGGCAGGGCCUUCCCAGUGAAGAGGAACCUGUACCUGGUGGGUUUUGGCAAAGCUGUGUUGGGGAUGGCUGCGGCAGCAGAAGAGAUCCUGGGAGACCACCUCGUUCGGGGGAUCAUCAAUGUGCCACUGGGCAUCCAGGAGAGCCUGCAGCGAGCAGGAAUGCAGGAGAUGCUGCUGAAGCCACACAGCAAAAUCCAGGUCAUCGAAGGUGCCAAGAACAACCUCCCAGACGCAGAGGCUCUGAAGGGAGCACUUGCCAUCCAGGAACUGGCAGAGGGUCUGACUGAGGAUGACUUGCUCCUUGUGCUCAUCUCAGGGGGUGGAUCAGCCCUACUGCCUGCUCCCAUCCCUCCCAUCCUCCUCAAAGAGAAAGAGAAACUCACAAAGAUGCUGGCUUCCCGAGGAGCUGCCAUACAGGAGCUCAACGUUGUCCGGAAGACUCUGUCCUUGCUGAAGGGUGGAGGACUGGCCCGGCUCUCAUAUCCUGCACAGGUGGUGAGCCUCAUCCUUUCUGAUGUGAUUGGUGACCCCCUGGACAUCAUAGCAAGCGGCCCCACUGCUGCCAGCUCCCACACUGUCCAAGACUGCCUUCAGAUACUCACCAAAUACAACCUGCUGCACAGUCUGCCCAAGUCGGUGGAAACGGUCCUGUCCAGCUCUCCCACCAAGCCCACUGCUCCAGAAGACUUCUCCCACGUUUGCAACAUCAUCAUCGGGUCAAACAGGCUGGCUCUGGAGGAGGCCAAACGCCAAGCUGAGGGCCUGGGCUACACCACGCUGGUUCUGAGCGCAGCAGUCUGUGGGGACGUUGGCCGCGUUGCCACGCUGUACUGCCAGCUCAUCCGGCUGCUCUGCCUGGGCUUUGCUGGCCUCGGAGAAGGGCCCCAGAGUGAUGAGGUGAGGCGGGAUCUCCUGCAGCUGGUGGCAGAGCUACAGAUCCCAGGCUUGAACCUUGCUGAAUUCCUACAGGCCCUGCGAGGAUUGGGGUCUAAAACAGCAGUGUGCAUCCUGGCUGGCGGAGAAACCACAGUCCAGCUCCGAGGAACCGGCAAGGGAGGGAGGAACCAGGAGCUGGUCCUGCGCGUGGGGCUGGGGCUGCACAAGGCACAGGCCAUGGGAGCCAGCAGCUCCCCAGGGAGGUGUGAGAUCUUCUUCCUCAGCGGUGGGACGGACGGGCAGGAUGGGCCCACGGAGGCAGCCGGAGCUUUCUGCAGCCCAGAGCUGGUGACUGAGGCACUGCAGGAGGGCCUCGAUGUGGAGGCUUUCCUUAGCAGCAACAACUCCUAUGCCUUCUUCAGCCAGUUCCAAGGUGGACAUCACCUCCUGGUGACAGGAUUGACAGGCACCAAUGUCAUGGACAUCCAGGCCAUUUUAAUUAGAGCCAUGGAAUGAGGUCCCUCUGCAGCUAUCCAGAUGCAUUUAAUUAGGACCGGGGGUAAAGGAGGGCAUCAACACUGCAGACAAAUGUAAACUACUUAAAUUAGGGCUUGCUUUUGAGGGUUCUACUGUCUUUGACAGAAAUAGUCCACUAAUUAGACACAGGAGUGGACGUCCACAGCAAAAGCAAGCACUUGUAAUUAGAAUCAGAGGGAGAUAAGAGGUCACAUUACAGACGUAGAGGCCAGAUUUAACACUGCUGCUGAGAGCCACCACACUUGUGACUGCUUCAACUGUAGUUAAAUGAUGUGAGGAAAUGAAGGCCAUGGUAGGGCUGCCAGGGAGAGCCCUCACAGCGGCUGCUGCACCUCAAGAGCAGCUCAGCAGCGGGCUUAUGCAGUUUCACAGAAGUGCAUUACAGAGACCAAAAGAAGUAAAAGCAAUGGCAAAGCCUGCCCAGCUCAAGGCAAGGAGGUGCUGGGGGAACAUGGUGGGAAGGGGACACCCAGCACCCGCUCCAGUGCACUGCAGCUCCUCCCACACCAGCAUACCUCAACAGAGACCUCAAGCCCAGCGUGAUGCACACCAGUGUAGCUAAGGGGCACAUGGGCAGAGAUGUGCUUGGUACUGGACACAUGACACAAGCAGUGCACAGGACAGUGACAGAGGGCGGUGUACCUUCACUGUGCAGCAUAAGGAUGGGGAUGGCUGAUCUGCAGCAGCAAGCCAGCUGAGUGGGGUCCUCCUCUUCCAGCCUCCUUCCCUCUGCAGGAACAUCAUCCCUGCUGAUCCCUGGAGGGGGAGUCUCCGUGCCAGCAGCGUGCGUGCUGUGAGCUUCUACAGUGUUGUUUUCCAGUUGCCUAGAAAACAGUGAUGCACCAGUCUGAGCCACUGACCUUCCUCCUGUGCCGAGGCAGAAGUCGCUGUCACUCUGGUUAACUCUGCUAAUUCCACAGAACAAAAGGCAAGGAAACCUUCAUGCUCGGCUCUCCUGACCCAUGCUGCUGAGCUGAUCAAAGGGCAAAGCUGCUGGAGCUGUGCUCUGACAGGGAGCCGCUCCCCCGCAUGUAUGAGGAUGAGGUGUUUAUCACAGUUUCAUCACCUACUGCAGCACAUAUGUGGGAGAGCAGAGAUGAGCUGGGUUUCCCAGGACAUGGAGCCUACAGUGGGAUGGGAUUUCAGAAGGGUUCUGCCUGCAGCAACAGGCACGGUGAUGGUUUUGGCUGGAUAUUCAAAGGACUUCAACCCAGCAGCCAGUAUGACCCAACAUGUCCAAUUGAAUGUCUGCCUGAUUGUUACAGAGCCUAAGUAGAAGCUGAGCUCCUUUGAAAAUCCAGCCCUAAUUUAAUAGGACACGCUUGACUCAGACUCUUUCCAGACUGAUCUCAUCUCGUGACAUAAAAACACUGUCGCGCCAACACCAUGAGUCGUGGUGUCUCACUGCAGUCAUUCUGCACCCUGCUCCAAGCUGGGUCGGAGGGUGGAUUUGAGAAGGAUGCAACACCUCCUGCUUUGGUUUUGAAGCCAAUCUCUAACAAGCAGGGAUAUCAGCAGGACCAUCAUGGGGCCUGGUAUCAAUGCCAGGCUGGCAGCUGGACUGUCUGGGCCACAGCCCAGGGGCAGUGUGAAGGCACAGGCCUGGAGAUUUCAAAGCCCUGGUUUUAUCCCGGUGGGUUAAACCCAUCCACACAUCCCAUUUGUCCUGUGAGUCUGAAGGGCUUCUGUAACAUGCCUGAACUUGCUCAUGCUGGCAAACAGCUUUGAGAUCUGCUGGGGAAAACCUGCCAAGUGUUAUAGAGCUCACAGUGCCCCUGCGAUGUCAGGUGGUGGUUGCACAGGAGAAGCUGCUUUGUGCUGUGUGUUUUAGUGCAGAGGUUGCUGGCAGGUCACCUCCUCCAUGCCCAGCAUGCCAGCACUGUGGGGCACUAACAUGUGCACUGAUACAGCAAAAAAUACAGGCUGCAGCCAGGAUAACAGGCUGAAGCUGGCUCCAAAAUACUGUUAAUGCUUCCUGUGCAGUUCUGCUCCAGUGAAGUCCAGUGUGACUCCAGUUUCGGGCUGGCAUGCCUGGCACGAGGGUCACUGGCAUCUCCAGCAAGCCUCGGUACACUGUCACAGGGGCACCAUACCCUGUGCUCUGCACCCUGCCUCAUUGCUGAGCACUGUGCUAGUCCUUGGAGCUGCUGCUUGUGCUGCAUCUCUUGUCAAGUCCAUAAGACCUUGGGCUCCAAUUUGCUGGCUUCUCCUGGGAAAUGCCUACCACAUGUAUCCUGUCCUUCCCUUCAGAAGAGUGGCUUUUCACUGGUGAUUAAAAAGAGUUUGUGCUGAGGAGGACAGAAGGCUAAUAAAAGGUUUGUUGAAAGGA